AUGAAGCUUCUCACGCUCUGUGCAGUCGCCUCACUGGCUACACAGACAGUUGGCGCAGCUCUCAAGCACAAGCUCAAUGGCUUUACUAUUACGGAGCAUCCGGAUCCAGUGAAGCGGGAUUUGUUGCAGAAAUAUGUGACUUGGGAUGACAAGUCCCUCUUCAUCAAUGGAGAGAGGAUCAUGAUUUUCAGUGGUGAAUUCCAUCCUUACAGACUUCCAGUCCCAUCACUAUGGCUUGAUAUCCUCCAAAAGGUCAAAGCGCUAGGAUUCAACUGCAUCUCGUUCUACACAGACUGGGCCUUGCUGGAAGGAAAGCCGGGUGAUUAUCGGGCCGAGGGAAUCUUCGCUCUAGAGCCCUUCUUUGAAGCAGCAAAGGAGGCUGGUAUCUACCUGCUUGCUCGUCCCGGUCCCUAUGUCAACGCUGAAAGCUCUGGUGGUGGCUUUCCCGGAUGGCUGCAGAGGGUCAAUGGUACCCUUCGUACGGCGGAUAAGGGGUUCUUGGAUGCGACUGACAACUACAUCGCCACAAUCGGUGCUGCCAUUGCCAAAGCGCAAAUUACGAAUGGUGGGCCAGUCAUCCUCUAUCAGCCAGAAAAUGAAUACACAAAUGGCUGCUGUGGCGAAAAGUUCCCUGAUCCCGAUUACUUUCAAUAUGUGAUUGACCAGGCUCGCGACGCUGGUAUUGUUGUGCCUAUGAUCAGCAACGAUGCCUCUCCCGACGGACAUAAUGCCCCAAGCACGGGCAAAGGAGCGGCUGAUAUUUACGGCCAUGACAGUUAUCCUCUUGGAUUCGAUUGCGCAAACCCGGCUAUAUGGCCAGAAGGUAACCUACCCACCAACUUCUGGGCCCUGCACGAGGAGCAAAGCCCAACGACUCCGUACUCUCUGGUCGAGUUCCAAGCUGGAGCUUAUGAUCCCUGGGGAGGACCGGGAUUUGCUGCGUGCGCAGACCUAGUCAACCACGAGUUUGAGAGAGUGUUCUAUAAGAACAACUUUAGCUUCCGGGUCGCCAUCUUUAACCUCUACAUGAUAUUUGGUGGUACCAAUUGGGGUAACCUUGGUCACCCCGGUGGAUACACAUCAUAUGACUACGGCUCCGUGCUGAGUGAAACCCGCAAUAUCACUCGCGAAAAGUACAGCGAGCUCAAGCUCUUCGGCAACUUUGUCAAGGUCUCUCCGUCAUAUCUACUGGCUGAUCCUCGUAACCAGACAACGGUCUACACGAACACCUCUAGCUUGACUGUUACUCCUUUGAAAGCAAAUGGAUCGACCUCGUACUACGUGGUCCGGCAUACAGACUACAGUAGCCAGGAAUCAAAUUCGUACAAGCUCAGACUCGCGACUAGUUCUGGAAAUGUUACGGUUCCCCAGCUGGGAGGAGAGUUAUAUCUGAAUGGACGGGACUCGAAGGUUCACGUUGCUGAUUACGAUGUAUCUGGGACUAACAUCGUGUACUCGACGGCGGAGAUUUUCACUUGGAAGCAAUUUGCAGACAGCAAAGUUCUUAUUUUGUACGGUGGCCCUGGAGAACACCAUGAGCUGGCUAUUGCAUCCAAGUCCGAGGCAUCUAUUAUUGAGGGAUCUCAGUCAGGUAUCAAUUCAAAGCAGGUUGGGAGCAAUGUGGUCAUCUCUUGGGACGUUUCGUCUAUUCGUCGCAUCGUGCAGGUUGACGACCUGAAGAUCUUCCUCCUCGAUCGGAACACUGCCUACAACUACUGGGUUCCGGAGAUUCCAGUUGAAGGAACCACGCCGGGAUACAGUAACGAGAAGAACACUGCCUCCUCGAUUAUCGUCAAAGCCGGUUAUCUUGUGCGAACAGCUUACCUGAAGGAUGCUGACCUCCACCUCACCGCGGACUUCAACGCAACGACUCCCAUCGAAGUAAUUGGGGCCCCAGAAAAGGCCCAGAACCUCUACAUCAACAACGAAAAGAUCUCAUACAAGGUAGACAAGAACGGAAUCUGGACCUCAGAAGUCGAAUACACGCCGCCGGAGAUAAACCUUCCCAGCCUGGAAGACCUCGACUGGAAGUACCUGGACACGCUCCCAGAGAUCCAGUCUUCGUAUGAUGACUCUGCUUGGCCCAAGGCAGACAAGCCUACAACGGACAAUGACCAUCGUCCCCUGGACACGCCAACGUCGCUUUACUCUUCCGACUAUGGCUUCCAUACCGGCUACCUGGUCUACAGAGGCUCGUUUGUCGCGCAGGGAAAUGAGACUACUUUCUUCAUCCGUACACAGGGCGGACAAGCGUUCGGAAGCUCUGUGUGGCUGAACCAGACUCUCUUGGGAUCUUGGACUGGCCUGAACCAAGACUCAGACAAUAACUCGACCUACAAAUUGCCUAGUCUCCAGCGCGGUAAGACCUACGUCUUCACCGUUGUCGUUGAUAACAUGGGACUCGAUGAGAACCUCGACGUCGGUGCUGAUGUUAUGAAGAACCCUCGCGGAAUCUUGAACUACAGCCUGUCCGGAAGAAGCCAGGACGCGAUUACAUGGAAGCUAACUGGUAACCUGGGUGGUGAAGAUUACCAGGACAAGGUACGAGGACCUCUCAACGAGGGCGGUCUAUACGCAGAGCGAUACGGCUUCCACCAACCAGAACCUCCAAACGCAGACUGGGAAUCUUCAAGCCCGCUAGGAGGCCUCUCAAAACCCGGCAUCGGAUUCUACACCACCAACUUCGACCUCUCCAUCCCCAGCGGAUAUGACGUGCCCGUCUACUUCAACUUCGGCAACGCCACAGACUCCAACCCAGCGCCAUUCAGAGCACAGCUCUACGUGAAUGGAUACCAGUACGGUAAAUAUGUCAGCAACAUUGGUCCGCAGACCAGCUUCCCGGUUCCGGAGGGCAUUCUGAACCACCGUGGAACGAACUGGGUCGCAGUUAGUCUUUGGGCGCUGGGUGAGGAGGGUGCGAAAUUGAGUAACUUUGAGUUGUCGCAUGAGAAACCGGUGAAGACGGGGUUGAAGGAAGUGGAAGCGGCUGAGCAGCCGAAAUAUGAAGCGAGGGAGGGGGUGUAUUGA